CAAAUUAUUUUAAAAAUGAAUGAACAUAAAACAAGCCAGGUAUUUAAUUUGGAUCCAGAGAGUGAAUUACGCUUUGAGGUUAAUGAAAAAGAUGAAAAAGUAACAUUAGAGUUAAAAAACGGGUUAGCGGAAGUAUUUGGAGCAGAGUUGAUAAAAGGAAAAAAAUAUGAGUUUGGAUUUGGACAUAAAAUUGGAGUAUUUACAUGGCAAGGAUGCACAGUUGAGUUUACUGGAAAAACAGUCGCGUUUGUAGAAAAAAAAACACCAAUGGCUCUUUAUUUAAAUUGUCAUGCAGCUCUGGAACGAAUGCGAGAGUUUGCUGAGAAAGAUAAUUCCACUGGACCUAUAGUUAUGAUUGCUGGACCCCAAGACGUUGGUAAGUCGACUUUGACGAAAAUUUUUUUGAAUUACGCUGCUAGAAUGGGCAGGAGACCGACUUUCGUAGACCUGGAUGUUGGUCAAGGACAAAUAACCAUUCCGGGAAUAAUUGGAGCGCUGCCGAUUGAUAAACCAUCGGAUGUAGUUGAUGGAUUCAACACUCAAGGAUCUGUUGGUUUCCACUUUGGUCACAAAGGUCCUGGUAUGAAUAUGCCGCUGUACAAUCAUUUGGUAUCAAGAAUCGCAGAAGUUUGUUCUGACCGUAUGGAGGCUAACAAAAAAGAAAAAGCAGGGGGAAUAAUUAUAAACACUUGCGGGUGGAUACUAAAAAAGGGUUACAGAAUACUAACUCAUAUUGCUCAAGCAUUUGAAGUCGAUGUCAUUAUUGUUUUAGAUCAUGAAAAACUGUACAAUGCGCUUGUCAAAGAUAUUCCUGACUUUGUUAAAGUUAUUUUAUUGCCCAAAAGCAGUGGGGUUGUGAAUCGAGGCACUCCUUACAGAAGAAUUACUAGAAAUUUACGAAUCGAUGAGUAUUAUUACGGCACAAAGAGAACACUGACCCCUCAUAGCUUUGAUGUAAAAUGGAGCGACGUAAAAAUAUUCAGUGUAGGUCCUUUAUCAAAUUCACAAGAAGUAUCCAAAAAUAAAGCUACCAAAUUAAUUCCUGUGGUACCGGGACCUAAUUUGAAGAAACACAUACUCUCUAUAUCACUAGCUGAUCCUAAUAAAGAUGAUAUCGUGCAAACAAAUAUCGCUGGCUUUGUUUGCAUAACAAAUGUGGAUGUUGCAAAACAAACUAUGACCAUUUUGAGCCCUCUACCCGGACCGUUACCAAAUAACGUUUUACUCCUUUCUAGUAUCACUUAUCCUGAUGAUAAAUAA